GUGCGUGCUUCUAUCAAUGCAUCAAGUCGCAAAGCUUCUGCAUUUUCUCUAUGAAGGACCACAACAUUAUCUUGCGUGGCCAACCUUCCAGACAUGCAAGUAUUGUGGGGCGGUUCCGUUUUAAAUGAUUGCCAUGGCAGGUCACACUGAAUAUGACAUGGCUGCGAGAAGGCAGCACCCCGUACGCUCGUAGUGGCAGCAGAGCCUGCCCAAUCGCCCCGUUUCCCUGACUGCCAUGUCUCGACAGGCCAGCUGGUGGGUGCAUCCCUCGCGUACGUCUCGUCCAAGUUUGGAAGGGAAACGUGCAUAAGUUUCGAUCGGGUUGGCCGAGGCCGAACCAAACGGCGGAAACGUCGCCACGGCAUCAUCGGGUCACCCAGGCUAGCCCCCGCGUGCGAGUUGCUCAGCCGGUGCUUGGAGCGAACGUGCUCGAUCGGGCUCAGAGCAGGCGAGAGGACGAUGUGGACCAGAUCGGGGACAGCUGUCCUGCUGCCUGACACGCGCGGCGAGCACUGGCCCCACGCAGAUCCUACCAUCGGCUCGAACGGACAGCCGCGAUGCUCCUCGAUUCAAACCCGCAAGCCGUGCGCCGGUGACACCUCGGCCCCACGCAGUCCUGGCACCACGUUUACUAUUUUCAUCGGGGCCACGUGACAGAGAGGGAAAUCGGGGGGCAGGCGUGCGCACACUGAUCUUCUCUCCCCCGAUGGUUCCAUGGGGUCGCCGGGGUCUACAAAUAGGCGGCCAUUGCAGAGGAAAUGGGUGGGAAGGAAAGAAGGCUGCAACCCCGCCCGGCCCCUGCCCCAGCUCGCCUCCUCCGCCUGCCGACGCCGGGUUUCGCACCCUGCGUCGCCGGUGGAGGCGGCAUUGCCGUUGCACUACGGCGCAUCUCCGGCGCCACGCUUCGCCUCGCCUCCCCCACCCCGCCUCGACCUGGUACGCCGCUGCUGUCCCCCUUUCAGGCGAUGGAACCUAAGAAAACCCUAUUUAAGGGAGUGAUUGAGGAUUUUAGAGGAAGAGCAUCUUGCUACAAACAAGAUUGGCACAAUGGGUUCAGUUCUGGGUUCAGGAUAUUGGCACCUACUCUGUACAUCUUCUUUGCAUCUGCACUACCUGUUAUCGCCUUUGGGGAGCAACUAAGUAAAGAUACAGAUGGUACGCUAACGACAGUUGAGACGUUGGCAUCAACUGCUAUAUGUGGCAUCAUACAUUCUGUACUGGGCGGACAACCACUGCUGAUUGUGGGAGUUGCAGAACCAACAAUUAUAAUGUACACAUACCUGUACAGUUUUGCCAAAAAUCAGCCAAACCUUGGAGAACGAUUAUUCCUGGCAUGGGCUGGAUGGGUUUGCAUCUGGACUGCGGUCAUGUUGUUCCUCAUGGCAAUGUUUAAUGCCGCAGCUGCUUUGAAUAGAUUUACAAGAUUUGCGGGAGAAUUGUUUGGAAUGUUGAUCACAAUCCUGUUCAUGCAAGAAGCUAUCAAGGGAAUGUUGAGUGAAUUCAGUGUGCCUGAGGGUAAAGAUCAGAGCCUACCCAUAUACCAAUUCCAAUGGGUAUAUAUUAAUGGUCUGCUUGGAAUUAUCUUUUCAAUGGGACUGCUCUAUACUGCGUUAAAGAGCAGAAGUGCAAGGUCAUCGCUCUACGGAGCUGGAUGGCUAAGGAACGUGAUUGCUGACUAUGGUGUUCCACUUAUGGUGAUACUGUGGACCACGUUGUCAUAUUCGUUGCCCACCAAGAUACCUUCAGGUGUUCCUAGGAGGUUGUUCACCCCACUUCCUUGGGAACCCAAGUCACUGCAACAUUGGACGGUAGCUAAGGAGUUAUUUUCUGUCCCUCUAGCCUACAUACUUUUGGCGAUUGUGCCUGCUGUGAUGGUUGCGGGGCUCUAUUUCUUUGACCAUAGUGUAGCCUCACAGAUGGCUCAGCAGAAGGAGUUCAAUUUGAAAAACCCAUCAGCAUACCAUUACGACAUUUUGGUCCUGAGCUUUUCGGUGUUGAUUUGUGGCCUUCUUGGCAUUCCUCCAUCUAAUGGAGUACUUCCCCAGGCCCCCAUGCACACGCGAAGUCUUGCUGUCCUCAGGAGGCAGGCGCUCCGCAAACAGAUGGUCCGAACCGCCAAGGAAGGCAUGAUGAACAAUGCUAGCAGCUCAGAAGUUUACGGCAAGAUGCAUGAAGUUUUCAUUAAAAUGGACGACAAAGGCAACGAGGAUUCUGCUCACAAAGAGCUCAAGGAAUUGAAAGACGCCAUUAUCACAGAGGGGAAAAAAAUCACAGAGGGGAAUGGGGCAGUGACUGCGCCUGAGGUAUUUGACCCUGAAAAACAUCUGGAAGCUUACUUGCCUGUACGGGUGAAUGAGCAGAGAGUAAGCAAUCUGCUUCAGUCCCUGCUGGUCGCGGGUUGCAUUGGAGUUGUGCCGGUCAUUCAGAAGAUACCCACAUCAGUCCUGUGGGGGUACUUCGGCUAUAUGUCCAUCGACAGCCUGCCUGGGAACCAGUUCUGGGAGCGCUUACAGCUUCUGUUCAUCUCCCCUCGGCGGCGCUACAAGAAAACCGGGAGUAGGGGUGAAUAUUCAUCUGUUCUAAUUUUGGACAGGGUUCUUGAAGGCGCUCAUGCGUCCUUCUUGGAGUCGGUGCCUUUCAACCAGAUAUUGGCCUUCACCGUUUUCCAGCUGAUUUAUCUGUUGAUGGUCUGGGGGAUGACAUGGAUACCGGUGGCGGGAAUCCUGUUCCCGCUCCUCUUCUUCUUCCUCAUCAUCAUCAGGGAGCAUUUGCUCCCGAAAUUCUUUGACACGCGCCACCUGUGGGAGCUGGAUGCGUCCGAGUACGAAGAAUGCGAGGGGGUGCACCGUGAUCCAUCGAUACCAGAGGGUGAUGGCGAAUCCAUCACACGAGGCAUCGAAGAUCCCUCUGAAUAUACUGCCGAGGUGAUGGAGGAAUUCACGACUCACCGUGGAGAAUUGAAGCACAGGGCUCCAAGCUUCCGUGACGAGCGGCUGAUACGGCUGAACUCUGUCCAGAUGACGAGACAGUUCUCCCGGAUCUCUUCUUUUGCUCCUACACGGCCCUGACUACAGAAGGAGAUUGUUCAACAAAGACCUUUUUUACUGGCAUGAAUCUCCUGACGGAGGGUGCAAAAAAUGCGGCAGUUCGUAAGUGAACGUACGGAUGAUUUUUUGGGGCCGAAGACACGUCGAGGAAACUGUGCAGAGCAAGUGCCGGUCGCUGCAGGGGAGAAAUGGGGAAUUUGUGUGGGUGCGCGAGUGUUGCUAGGUAUGUGCUGUUGUGCAUAAGAAAAAAUAGGACGGGGUACGGCGAGGGAGCAAUCUAGUAAGUAGUACUCCCUCCGUCUCAAAAUAAGUGUCUCAAGCUUAGAAUAAAUUUCUAUUAAAACUAGUACAAAGUUGAAACACUUAUUUUGGGACAGAGGGAGUAUUAUGUUUGUAGUACACCGUUGUGAUUAACUGGAAUGGGGACGCAGCUCCUCUAGUUUUAUGGAAGCGAUUCAAACCGGCCGACCGGUCUCAGCUUC